GCUGGGAGCAUAUGUUAUCACUGCUCAGCUAUAUUUUUUUAUUAGCCUCGCUGAUCUUUGGGGAUGCUGUGUUCACAGGUUUUGCAGGGCCUGCUUAUACGGGUGGUCUUCCGAUUCCCGGUCGAACAGUUCCUAUUCUGAGGCUGUUCGAGCACUACAGUGCCUCAUGUCGUCCCAAAGCUCGUAAGGAGUUUGGCAUGGAUCAACUGGCUGAGAUUAUGAGCUCACUGAAUGCUGAAGAAGUUGCAAAAAAGGUCUACCACCAGCUGUUCUUUUCACUGGCUGAUGUGCCCCUUGACAAAAUCAUGGGCAAAUGGUAUACGGUUGUCGAUACAAAAGCUUUCCACCCAGAACAAUGUGCUGUGCAUUACUUCGAAUUGCUCGCUCUAACUGAAUUCACUGCAACGUUCUCUUCACGAAUGUAUGCCACUAAUAAGGGAGGAGUUGUCACCUAUCAAGGAUAUGGUCGCAAGGUCGGUCCGGAGCAGGAUUUCCCUGUGAAGAUGGGUGGCUUGAAUCGACGUGGAGAAUACGAAUAUAUCGUGUUCAGCCAGCCUUUGAAGUAUCCGUCGAUGGUGCUGGCUAGGGAUUUGCACAAAUUCGAGCAGAAAUAUCAGAAAGAAGUCUACGAUUUCCUGGAGAAGCAUGGCUACCUCAGUCCCCUUACAGCCCUCAAUACUCGGCUACACUUCGAAAAUGCCACUGCUUGUGCACGAAUGAGCCAACCGUAUGAUGAAAUACCGUAG